ACAGUGGUGAGGUGGAGGUGGUGAGCAGGGGCACAAUGUCGGCUACCGGAGAUGCGGGCGCCGGUUCAGCGAAUGCCAACAACAGCAAUAACAACAACAGCAAUGUUGGCGUCGUGCAGGCAACGGUAACUGUAAGUGGCGCCCUCAGCAGCAACGACGGCAGUCCCACAAACAAUAUCGCUGGCAACAAUAACAGCAACAACAACAACAACAACAGCAGCAGCUCAACGGCAGGUGGCUCCAAAGGACAGCUGCCGCUGACGCCGCGCUUCACCACCGAGGAGAAGGAUGUCCUCUACACGCUGUUCCAUCUGCACGAGGAGGUCAUCGACAUCAAGCAUCGGAAGAAGCAGCGCAACAAGUAUUCGGUGCGCGACACCUGGGACAAGAUUGUCCGUGACUUCAAUUCGCAUCCGCAUGUGAGUGCGAUGCGCAACAUCAAGCAGAUACAAAAGUUCUGGCUCAAUUCGCGUCUACGCAAACAAUAUCCAUAUCGUGAUGGCAGCGCCUCAGGUGGCAGCUCGGCGCUGGCCAAGGCAAACAACGCCCAACAACAGCAACAGCAGCAGCAGCAACAGUUGCAGCAACAACAGCAGCAGCAACAACAACAGCAGCAGCAGCAGCAACAUCACGACGGCGUCAAAGUGGAACCCGAUUAUCAAAUCAGUCCCGAUGCCUCCGAGCAUAAUCCGCAAGGCGAUGCAUUCGAUGAGAUUGAAAUGGAUGCCAACGAUGUCAGCGAAAUGGAGGACGAUCCACUCGACGCUCAGCAGCAGCAGCAGCAACAACAGCAGCAACAGCAAGCGGAGGCGCAACAACAGCAGCAGCAACAACAACAACAACAACAACAGCAGCAAUCGGCUGUGGCCGAAAUGCAAAAGUUGCAAGUGAGCGCAGCAGCUGUGGCAGCGGCAAGUGCCAACAUACUGAACACACACCAGAUUAAUGUGGAUCAAAUAAGCGCCGAUAAAUUAACGCUCAACGAUCUGCUGCACUUUAAGACGGCGCGUCCACGCGAAGAGAUCAUACUGCAGAUCAAGCAUCCCUCGGAUGCAACAGCCACCCAAAUACACACGAUACCCGCGCAGCCGCAGCAACACACGAUGGCAACUAUCACCGCCGGCGGUUACAACCAGCAGAUCAUCAGCGAGAUCAAGCCACAGCAGAUCACGCUCGCCCAAUACCAAGCCCAGCAACAGCAGCAGGUCCAGGCUCAAGCGCAGGCCCAAGCUCAGGCCCAGGCACAGGCUCAAGCUCAAGCGCAGGCUCAGGCGCAAGCCCAGCAAUUGGCGCAACAACAGUUGGCGGCACAGCAGCAACAGUUGGCGGCAGCGGCGGCAGCAGCUCAUCAUCAGCAGCAACAGCAGCAGGCAGCCGCUGCCGUUGUCGUCCAGCAGCAGCAACAGCAGCAACAACAACAGCAGCAGCAGCAGCAACAACAACAGCAGCAGCAGCAACAGGCUGCUGUUAAGAUGCAGCUAACUGGCGGCACGCCCACCUUUACAUUCAGCGCCCUGCCCACAGUGACGGCAGCCACCACGGUGCCCGUCUCCGUCCCUGUGCCCGUCUCCGUCUCAGUGCCCGUGCCCGUGCCUGUGGCGCUGGCAACAGCCACAACGGCAACGGGCAACAGCGGCGUCAACACCAGCGCGGGAACGCUCACGGUGACGGGUGUUGGAGGUGGGGGAGGAGGUGUGACGACGGGCGGCGGCGGGGGCGGUGAUAACUAUGAGGAGCGCAUCAAUUACUUCAAGGUGAAGGAGGCGGAGUUGCGUUGCAAGGAGCAACAGCUGGCCACGGAGGCCAAGAAAAUUGAGGUGAACAAGGCGCAAGAUGAGCUCAAAUAUAUGCGCGAGGUGCAUCGACUGCGAGUCGAGGAGCUGAAAAUGAAGAUACGCAUACUGCAAAAGGAGGAGGAGCAAUUGCGCAAAUGUUCCAGCACAUGAGAUCUGGAGGACAUAAGCGAUGCGGAGCCCGAGUCCGAUGUGUUGUUUGCCUACCACGACGAUGACGACAACGAUCAGCGGCAGCAGCAGCUGCGGCUGGCGGAGAUCGAUUCGAUUGAGCUUGAGCUUGAGCUCGAUGAAGUGGUGGACGGAGAGGAGCAGCUGGAGGAUGAAGAGGAGCCAGAGACAGAGGCUGAGACGCAAGUGGACUAUGUGGACUUGGAAAUGCAAUUGUUGCUCUAACUCGAACGCGUAUUUAUAUAUGAUUAAAGUAGUGUUUACGUCGCGACUUCUACAAAUUAUGCCUAUAUUAUUAUUACACACAAACAUAUAAUUGUAUUUAUGCUAAUUAUUAUGAUUACUAUUACUAUUAUUAUUAUUAUUAUUAUUAUCGUAAUUAUUAUUAUUUCUAUACAACUAUUUUUUUUGUAAACGGAUUUAAUUGUACUUUGAA